UCAAGAAUCAUCAUUUGUGCUUAAUCGGUGACAAGUUUUGCCAAAAUGGGAAGACAGCCUUGCUGUGAUAAGAUUGGUCUAAAAAGAGGUCCAUGGACUAUUGAAGAAGAUCAAAAGCUCAUGAACUUUAUCCUUCAUAAUGGUAUCCAUUGCUGGCGAAUGGUUCCCAAGCUUGCAGGUUUACUACGAUGUGGAAAGAGCUGUAGACUGCGUUGGAUUAAUUAUCUGAGGCCUGAUCUUAAGAGAGGAGGCUUUACAGAAAUGGAAGAGAAUCAAAUUAUUCAGCUUCAUUCUCGUCUUGGGAAUAGGUGGUCCAAGAUUGCGUCGCAUUUUCCUGGUCGCACAGACAAUGAAAUCAAGAACCAUUGGAAUACUAGAAUCAAGAAGAGGCUAAAGCAACUUGGUGUAGACCUUGUGACUCACAAGCCUAUUGAGCAAACAGAAAUGAGUACUAGUGGUGUGAAUAAUAUAACAAUUGCAGAGGAAAGAGAGGAAAGCAUGGAGAUCAAGUCACAGGAUGAUCAAGCCAAGAGUGACUUGAUAAAAACAGAUGACAAAAAAAGAGGUGGGAAAGAUGAUGAUGAGGAGUUAGUUUCAAUGGAUGAAACAUCUGAUCUUUUGAGCAAUAAUUAUGAAAUGCUGUGUGGAACCAUGGAUUUGGGGUCAUGGAUUAAGCAGCUAGAAAACAAUAAUACUAGUUCUUAUAGCUUUUCAUUGCCUGUGGAUGAAUACAACAACCCUUCCAUUGGUGAAUCUCCUUCGCUUCAAGAUAUGGAUUCUAUUCUUUCAUGGGAUAGCUUCAACAAUCAUCUAGUCGAUGAUAUUUUCUUCAUGGAAAAUAGCCAAUAUUGUAACAUACCUGCAGAUUCUGUCCCCAAGUACUGUUAAUUUCUUGAUCAAGCAAACACAUUAUGUUAAAAGAAUAUGAUGAUUGUCAUUAGCGAGUGCUGUAGCUACUUCUUUACCCCUUGCCUUAAGUUCAACAUUUGAAGUUGAACUUCAAAUUUUUUAUCUUUUUUUCUGUGUCUUAU